GUUGCCUCGGUCUCGGAGCUGAAGUCAGGAUUCCCAGUUGAGAUUCAGACCGUUACACGCCGAGAGACCGACACCUGGCCUGCGUCUGCCGCCGUCCUGCUCACUCUGUAUCGAAUAUAACCGACUAACGGUCCGCCAUGGGAGUCGAAGGCUGCACCAAAUGUAUCAAGUACAUGCUUUUCUUCUUCAACUUCAUCUUCUGGCUUGCAGGAGGUGUAAUCCUGGGUGUGGCCCUGUGGUUGAGACACGACCCCCAGACCAGCAACCUGCUGGAGCUUGAAUUAGACGGCAGCCAUGCACCCAGCACCUUCUACAUCAGUGUCCACAUCCUGAUUGCUGUUGGCGCAGUGAUGAUGGUGGUCGGUUUCCUUGGCUGCUAUGGCGCCAUCCAGGAGUCCCAGUGUCUAUUAGGAACUUUCUUCGCCUGCCUGGUCAUCCUGUUCGCCUGCGAAGUUGCAGCUGGAAUCUGGGGCUUCAUGCACAGAGACACUGUGUCAAAGGAGAUGACCAACUACUAUGACUCCGUGUACGAUAAGUUUGCAACAGACACCGCCCUGAACCAGGAGAGCGCGAAGGCUACCGCCUCUGUGCUCAAGGUCUUCCACGAGACGCUGAGCUGCUGUGGGAAAGGCAAGGGGAGUGCCGUAUUCUCAAAGUUAUCAGACGCAUUUGGCCUGACUGACAUCUGCCCCAAGUCUAAAACAGAUGAUUGCCACACGAGGAUCAAUGAAUUGUUCUCAGAGAAGAUCUACCUGAUCGGUAUCGCCGCUCUGGUGGUUGCAGUUAUUAUGAUCUUUGAGAUGAUCUUCAGCAUGGUGUUGUGCUGCGGGAUCCGCAACAGCCCAGUGUACUAAAGCGACGGGCCGCCAGCCUGCUCGCCAAUGAAGGAAGGACGACCUCUCCGUCUCUGUCUCAUUCUUUUCCUUUUCUUUUAUAAGCAGGAAACGUUGCAUAUAUUGCUUGCUGGAUUUAGUCAGCUCUUUGAGAAGACAACGUAAACCAUCCUCCAUUGAGCAUUUUAAUUACACUGUCAACUAUUUUUUUGUUAGUCACAGAUGCUGUUAUGCAUAUUUGACCAGUGCUAUCCUAACCUGAUAUGUAGAUAUUAUAUCACACUGUCACACAUGAAUGACAUUCACCAGUUUCGGUGCUCUAAUCCUUUAGUGACGCAUUAGUUGUUUACUGCUUCCUUGCCUAUGAACAUGCUCUUAUAUUCUUUGUUUUAUGGAUGUUUUUUUUUCACUGUUUUAUGUAUAAACUGUAUAUAAAUAUAUAUAUUAACAGUGCUUUAUGACUGCCUAAGCAUGGAAAUUGUAUUACAGUAGAUCCUUCUCCUGUAUUCUUCCUGCACUCUCUGCUUGUUUGUCUUGCUCUAGACUGAACCAGAUGAUGGUGUAUACGACCGGCACUAGUGAAGCACUAGUGUUGGCUUCACCAUGCCACAUAGAGGUGAACACACACGAACACACGUCCCUGUCCUACAGACCAUUGUCUUGGUUCACACCCACACUGCUGUGUGAUGUCUGCAGGAACUGACUAAAGAAGGAAUCUCAGUUAUUCUUGGAAGCUGGAACCAAAGUCAAAGUGACCUGAUGUCUGUCAUUUUGGCCCUCUGGAAUUAUUCGUUGAUCUGUCUUUAGCUGUUUGUCGUUCAUCAUGUGUCCAAAAUUGUCUGAGUGCUCAGUUGCAUAAAACGUUUAAGGAAAGUGUCUCCCUCAGUAGUUGUCUUUAGAUUAUCCUGAGAUAAAAUGAAGUCAAUUCACACGUAGGAGUAACCACCUACAUCAAAAGCCUUAAUUGUGUAGUUAAAAAAAGGCUUUUCGUUGUGAGUAUUGAACAUGUAAUGUCUGAUUUUCCCAAACAACAACAGGAGUAGCAGGGACGGAAACGUAACUAGCUUAAGUCAUUAUUUCAUCUUAGGAAUUUGUUUAAAAUUUCUGGAAACCCCCUUUGGUGCAUUUUUUUUGUGAGAAACCAAACAUUAAGAUGAAUCUAAAAACUUAGAGGUUUUAUACAACUGUGCCCUUAUUUGUGGAGGCAGCUCACUUAACACUCAAACCAUUUCUCCCAAAUCAGAAAAGUCCAAUUGAAAUAUGACCCAUAAUGUUUGGCUGACACUCCUGUUGCGUCCAUGUUUUGGUCUUGGGCUUCUUUCCACCAAACUUUGACCAUCAGCACAUCAGCCAACUGUCCCUGGUUGGUGAAAGUCCAGCCCGUAUUCAGUGUAAUGGCAGAAAGAGUCUUGGUUUGGUGUUCUGAAUCUGGGUUGCCUUGUCUGGUUGAGUCUAGUCCUGUUUCGUCUGACCUGGUUGUGUCAUUGUACUCGCCCUCUGGCUUCACAGCCUACUAACCCUUCCUCGUUGUCCCCAUUCAUGUAAUUGCUCCCCAGUGCAGGGCAAGAACAGGGUGAAAGCAGCUCGUCUGUCCCGAGCCACCCAGUGGUUCGCAUCAAGCUUGUUACCCCCUUGCUUAUGUUGCUUGGCUGUUGGUUUGGCCCUGUAUGCACCCCCGAGAACAGUUUAAGCUAGUGUGUUUGCGUGCACAUACAGAACAGGGGUGGACACAAAAUCAUGAACACCAGUACAGUUGAAUCAAACUGUGUGCGAGAUGAAUGGAGGACCAUUCCUGCCAGAAAGACUAAUUAAUGAAAAACUAGUAACAAUUAAAGAAGAUGCAGGGACUUCUGGAUUCCCCCUCAAACCACAAGUUAGGGCAACCCAGUUGCCAGAAUAAGUCUUGGAGUUGUAAGUUUCUGCAAACGCAGAUGUUACAUUUAUACAUUUCAUAUAUAGUUGAUUUGUUGUAACUUUCAAUUUUAUGUUGUGACCACACUGUGGUUAAUGGGGUUUAGGCACAAAAAACAUGGCAGGAAAUGUAUUGACCUUUCAAUUAAAACAAAAACAAAAAAAAUUUGUUGUUUAAAAAACAGCUGAGAAAGUCCUGACCUUCUGUUAAAAAAUACCCUCUUUUGUCGCUACAGUUGCAAUUCGCAACUACGAACAUGGCCGGAAAUGUCCCGACCUUCCGUUAAAAAAUACCCACUUUUGUCGCUACAAUCAUUGGUGGAAAUGUCCCUACCUCAUGUUUUUUUUUUUUUUUUUUUUAAACUUGUAGCUAACAACACAGCUAGAACACAGCUCAUGGCUGAAAAUAUCCCAACCUCCCGUUAAAAAAUACCCACUUUUGUCGCUGCAAUCAGUGGAAAUGUCCCUACUUUUUUUUUUUUUUU